GUCGGCGAUGCAGUCAUCGACUGUCGGGCUGCCACUAACAGAUUUAAGCCUCCCGCCGGCCCUUCUGACGUUUAAUUAAAUCCAUCCCAGAUCCGUCAGAGAGAUCUCUUUAGCCCGCUCCAUCCUGGUUUCACAUCCCCCCAGCCACCGUCUGCGGGCCAAUUGGCUCCGAUGAUCUUGUUAUCACUGCCGAGUACUAUAUUAGACUGACUUCACAGCUCUGGUCCUGACGACCGCCAACUCACCUGCCUGAAAUUCUCCUGGAUAAUCCUGGGAAGAACUAAGGACACCAAUUGAUUGCCCCGAAUGAUGCACAGAUCCUACCUCCCCCAUGCGAAGGCCAAAGAUGGCCAGCGGAAGGUUUCCCCUUCUGGGCCGUCGUACAUGUCGAAUGACCAGAUCGCAAAUUACUUAAAAGAUCUACGGACAAAUCGUCCAGCACGUCCGAGCGGAUCCAGACCUCUGCCCGCGAAAUCGAACGGAUCGGUGUCCGGUUCUCGUGACGAACUACCCCCAAGAGCUGCGUCCGCCAUGUCGACGUACAGUAAUUCUGCAAGGUCGCCGACUAAACCAGCGGCCGAUGUUGAUCCACCCCGAGCCACCAGCUCACUAUCGAACCAUCGCCCAUUUUCUCCCCGAGGCUCCCUGUAUGGCUCAGCAGGACGGUCCCUAGUGCAGGAACCAAGGACAAUUCCGGUCCGUCAGAAUGUCUCGCCGACUAGGGUGCAUUCUCGUUUCAGUCCCCCUUCUCCCGGCAUGUAUCGUGAGAGCAACCAACGUCGGUUCGAGAGAGAGGAGGCGAGAUCGUUGCGAGAUGCGUUGGAGGAAAUGAGUGUUCACGACGAGGAAGAUGACGAGACUCGGAUUCAUCGGGCGGCUCAGGACGAAGCCACGGAACUCGUGUGGAUGCAUCAGAACCCGAACAUGGCCUCGAAGAACCCAUACGCUCCUUAUCGCAACCCUGAUGUUGAUCGUUUUCGAGGGUCGCCAUCGAAGAGCAACCCCCCUUCCCAGCCUUCAGGGCCUCCGAGUCCCCGACGACAUGGUCUAUUCCGCUCAUCUGUGUCCGAGGCUCCUUCAGCUGGUGCGGGCGUGAAGGGAUCCAUUGGUAGUCCCACCCGCGCCACGCAACAGGAAGAAAGACCUGGCUCGACUGAACCAACCAGCCCCCGGAAAUAUGGCUCGCUGCGAAAGAACCUCCGAAUGAACUUUUCAAUGCCUCGUGAACAACAAAGUCCGCCAAAAUCCAGGGAUGGCGUUCGCGGACUUGGUCUCACGAAUGUCGGUAGUGAUUCGAACCGUGGUAUCUUUCGAAAUCCCAAUGAUCAGAUAUACGAGGAGCCUAUUGGCUCUCCCCGCAAAGAAGAGGAUGAGCGCCCCGAUUUCUCAAGGUCUGACUCUUCUGCUCUGAGGUCCAAGCCACGCAACGCUGUUCCUCGUGGUUCACGGCCGCUUCCUGGACGACUGGGUAGCAUUCCCUUUGUUGAUAAGCUGUCUCGCUUUGAGCUUCAUAAGCACCCUCCAACCCAAUCGCGCAAUGCCGAAUACAAAACCAAUGACCCGACACCGAAAUCGAUUCCCGGCGAAGAGGCCAAUGAGGAGCCCGAUGUCGCCAUGAAAGAGGGACUGGAGAUUCGCAGUGACGAUAUCAGGGCGGCCACCAGUAAGAAGCUCAAAGAUCGCAGUAGCAAACUUCCCAUGCCGACAGCCGUCAGCGACCGCACUGGCCGGCCGAUUGUGAGUUUUGAACCGGCCUGGAGACCGACCGAGGCGCAAGCGCCCCCAAAGCAGGAACCCGUCGCUCCAACGGCCCCUGUGGCACCUGCUGCGCCUACGAUAGAAGUCUCGGAGCCGCCUUCGAUUCCGGUCAUCAACAUACCGGAUGACAAGGAGCCUACUCUAUCUGAGAUGGGUGGUGGUUCAACCCAGGCCGCCCCCAAAGCUCGCCCAGCUCCACCAAAGAGUGGUCAUAGCUCCAGCUCAUCCCCUAGGAAGCCCAUGCGUACCUUGCAGGAUCGGUGGCUGUCAGCAUAUACUCGUUCCGGAGUCCCAACGGCAAAAUGUGAAUCGUGCUCGCUUCCUAUUGCGGGGAGAAUUGUGACGGCUGCCGGAACACGUUUCCACCCGGAAUGUUUUGUGUGCUUCCAUUGCCAAACGGCCCUUGAAUGUGUUGCAUUCUACCAGGAGCCAGAAGCCAAGCGACAAGAACGACUGGCUGACGCGUCAGGAUACGAUGAAGAGGCGCGCUCGUUGAGAUUCUACUGUCAUCUUGAUUUCCAUGAGCUCUUCAGCCCUCGAUGCAAGAGCUGCAAGACCCCUAUCGAAGGGGAGGUUGUCGUGGCAUGCGGAUCAGAAUGGCACGUCGGCCAUUUCUUCUGCGCCGAAUGUGGUGAUCCGUUUGAUCAGGACACUCCAUUCGUGGAGAAGGAUGGAUUUGCAUGGUGCUUGCAAUGCCAUUCGCGCCGUACUGCUCCUCGGUGUCUCGGCUGCAAGAAACCGGUCCUAGACGACGUUGUCGUGACGGCGGUUGGCGGGCAGUGGCAUGACGAGUGCUUCAACUGCCAUGAAUGUGGCAGCGAACUCGGCACCGACGGGAGAUACUUCGUUCGCGAGGGCGAGCCCAGACGAACCGCCAAAGGUCGUAUCAUUGGCGGUCCAGUCCAAUUAGCUGUUUGCGAGCGAUGCGAAGGCAUCCGAUUAAAGGCCAGCCCUUAACCUUGGAAUUUGCAUUCAGCGGA